CAAAAAUGAAUUUACUCGAAAUGUUAAGAUUUAACAGGCGGCACUACUAACAGCAUGGAAGUUAGUAACAAUCAAAAUGGCUGCUACCAACUCGAAUAUAUCCAGUGAUAGUCCAACUAAGAAAGAAGACGAAUUCAAUGAAUUUUAUUCCGAAGUAAAAGAAAUAGAAAAAAGAGACUCUGUCUUAACUCCUAAACAACAAAUCGACAGAUUAUUACGACCUGGAUCGUCUUAUUUUAAUUUAAAUCCUUUUGAAGUAUUACAAAUUGAUCCAUCCACUUCUAUAGAUGAAAUCAAAAAAAAAUAUCGACGUAUGUCAAUUCUUGUACAUCCUGAUAAAAAUCAAGAUGAUGCAGAACGUGCACAACAAGCAUUUGAAAUUGUUAACAAAGCAUGGAAAACAUUGGAAAAUGAAGAAACUAGAGCUAAAUGCAUGGACGUUAUUGAAGAAGCAAAAGCUAGAACUGAUCAUAUGAUUGCAGAAAAGAAGAAGAAAAUGAAAAAAGAAGGAAAAACAGAAAGUGCAAAUAUACUUGAAGAAGAAACAGAAGAAGGUUACAAGCAUGCAGUUUGGGUUAUGACAAUGAAACUCUUUGCUGAUAUGGAAAGAAGAAGAAGAGAAUUAGCAACUAGAGAUGCAGAACAACGUAAAAGGAAACGAGAAGAAGAAUUAUCUGCAGAAGCCCAAGCUGCAUUAGAACGUGAGUGGCAAAAAAAUUUUGAAGAAUCUCGACAAUCAAGAGUUGAUAGUUGGAAAGCUUUUCAAUCUGGUGCUAAUGCCACAAAACAAAAAAAAGCAAAAAAAUUAAAAGCUUUUAGGCCUCCUAAAACGAAAGCUGAAUCACGAUAAUUAUAUAAUUGUUCCUGAUGCCUGACAUAGAUUCUUUCAUUUGAUAUAUUUCAUAUUUCUUGCAAAAAAAAAAAAAAAGUAUAGUUUAAAUAGCAUGUUCUCACUAUGUGAUAUCAGAUUUCUGAAUUUAUUAAAACUAAUUGGAAUUGUUCUUGUUUAAAAUUUAUUUGUUAAUUAAAAAUUUACGAUUUAAAUCUAGUUAAAUAUACAUCAAAAUCAGGUAUCAAAGUAGAGAAUUAGUUGUAAACAGAAUGAAUACAUUGAGCAGCAAAGUGUGAGUAUGGUUAAUGUAUGUAUCUCAAGAAUAAUUUGUAUGUUUGUUGAAUGUAUAUGUAUGUAUGAACGUAUAUAGUUGUGAUAUACUUACAUGGCCCGAGUAAGUUCAACUUUAAUAUAAUACCUUAACCUGAUCUAAUUAUUGCAUAAAACUUAAGAUUAUAUACAUUUGUAUUAUAAAUUGUUGGAUAACAAAUGUCAAUUUUAUGAUAUACAUGUACCUCAUAUUUUUAUCUGAAAUAUACAAUGACAUGAUACAAUACUUUGAAA